AUGUUAGAAAAAUCUUAUCCAUCCUACUAUGCUUAUAUCGCUAACAAUCUCAGCUUGAUUGGAAUUGUUUUAGAGAAACAAAUGAAAUUUGAUGAAGCCUUGGAAAUAUAUAAUCGAGCAUUAAAAAUGCAAGAAGAUUUUUAUUCACCUGAACAUAUUGAAUUAAUUGAUACACUAGCGAACAUUAGUCACAAUUUAUCUAUUCAAGAAAAAGUAGAUGAAGCUCUUGUCUUCUCUCAGCGAAUAUUAACAAUUGAACAGAAUAAUUUGUCAUCAGAUCAUGUCAGCAUUUCAUAUAGUUUCAAUAAGAUGGGACAUUUAAUGGAAAAGAAAAAAGAAUUUACUCAAGCAAUUCAAUUUCAUCAACAAGCAUUAACAAUUCAACAGAAAUGUUUUCCAUUGGGUCAUUCUUCGAUUAUUACUACUCUUCAGUUUAUUGGUAAAAUUUAUAAAAAUCAAUGCCAAUACGAUCAAGCUCUCGAGUAUUACCAACAAGCACUCGACAUCAAUGAAAAAUGUUAUUCAUCUAAUCAUAUUCAAUUAGCUUCGAAUUUUAUUCGGAUUGGGGAUGUUCUAAGUGCACAAGAAAAAUUCGAUGACGCAUUAGAUUUUCAAAAUCGAGCAUUGACAAUUCAAGAAAAACAUUUACCAUCUUCGUAUACAGCCGUUGUGAAUAUUCUAAUGGAUAUUGGUCGAAUAAAAGUGAAGCAACGCAAUUUUGAUGAAGCUCUUGAUGAUUUCUCUCGAGCAGUUACUUUACUUCAAGAAUAUGGUCCACUUAAUCACUCUGAACUUGUCAAAAGUCUCCAAUGGAUUGCAUGGGUUUGGAAUGAAAAACGAUGUUAUCAUCGUGCUAUUGAAUAUCUUCAACAAUGUUUAUACAUCCAAGAAGCUAGUCUCUCUCCAGAACAUUUAUCCAUUGCAACUACUCUUUCAGAUCUUGCUGAAGUUCAACGAACUCGAUAUGAAUAUCAAUUAUCAUUAAUAUAUGAAAUGAAAUAUUAUUCAAUCAUCGAAAAAGUUCUCUCACCAGAUCAUGAAGAUAUUAUCAACAGUUUAUCAAAUAUCGCUCAAUGUUAUGAACAUCUUAAUGAACUUCAAAUAGCUUUAAAAUAUUAUCAACGAAUACUAACAAUCUAUGAGCAAUCUCAGUCUUAUUCAUUUGACCAAAAACAGACAGUUAUUGAUAAAAUUAAUGAACUCUCAACACAAAUAAAUGAAGAGUAG